AUGAAGUCUCCAACCGUCAUCCUCACGCCGCUCGCGCUCUUCAUCUCCCCUACAAUAGCAUCAAAAGCCUACGGCGGCCUCGACAAUGAAACUAAAACCUUUAAGACCCUUGUCGCAGUCCACGGUGCCCUAAUGGCCUUCUGCUUCGUCAUCCUCUUUCCCCUCGGCGCCACGCUCAUCCACGUUUUAAAGCGCCAGUCUGUUGUUUGGUUCCAUGGAGUGUGGCAGAUCGUAACUCUGCUCAUCGCACUUGUUGGAUUCGGACUCGGAAUCUACAUGGUUCAUCAUAGUCGAUUGAAUGUGUCUCUCUGGAAAUCUUUCAACGGCCACCCAGUCAUAGGAACAAUUAUCAUCGCACUCCUACUAAUUCAACCUAUCGGGGGAGCCAUUCACCAUUCACUGUACAAAAAGCGCACAAGCAGCACUUGCUCCCCCGGUAAUGUGGAACAUGAAUCUAGCAAUACCACUACCAGGUCUACAUAUACAACGCGCACCACACCCAUCGGCCAUGCGCAUCGCUGGCUAGGCCGUCUUCUCCUCGUCCUCGGCGUUAUAAACGGUGGUUUAGGCUUUCAAUUGGCAAGGGAGAGUAGUAUUCCUAUCAUUGUGUACAGCGUUCUCUGUGCAAUCUUAUUCGCGGUAUGGGGGCUAGCUUUGUUUUGCAGUCUGCCGAUUCUCUGA